AUGCUCUACAUUUUAUGUCAGGCUGGUUCGAGGUCUUCGGCAUACUUUGAAGAUGUGCUGGGUGAAAGCAGUUUGCUUCAUCUCUGCUCUUCCGGGCAGUGCGAACACGGCUUGCAGGAGCUUGGCGGCUGCCGAUCGCUGUCUCCAUCCUUUACAUUGCCCACGCCAUGUCUUUGGGGGCUGAGAAGGUCCACAGACCGAUCUGUCUGUCGGAAUGCGGUUCCAGACUACAGCAGCAUGAACGUCAAAGAGCUCAAGGCCCGCCUCCGGGAGCUGGGUCUCAAGCUGGAAGGCCGCAAGGCCGUUCUCAUAGAGCGCCUGCAAGCGCAUGAUGCAGAUGCAUCAGAGGACGAAGACGGCUCCUCGUCUUCGCGUUACUUAGACGACCAGGGCCUCCUUCCGGACGGCACCUACAUGUGCCUGGAUGGAAAAGCCCGCACAGGAGACUGGGAGAAAGCUCGGAGGGAGAACCCCGACGACCUCAACUGGCUCACCGAAUGGGUGGUGGCCGCCCGAACGGGCCAACUGGAGAAGAAGAAGUGA